UUAUUAUAUUGGUCCCUCCCGGCCUUUUUGAUCUUCUUCUUCGUUUCCUUGCUCCCAUUUUCAUUUCAUUUCAUUUGUAAGACACGCCCUUUUCCACCCACUCCAACAAUACAGAAUUCCACCACCAAAAAUUGACCUUCGAUUUCGCCGAUCACAAUGUUGAUGCUAAUCAACUGUUCCAACUGCCGGACGCCGCUCCAGCUGCCACACGGAGCCACCUCCAUCCGCUGCUCCAUUUGCCAGGCCAUCACUCGCGUCGCCGAUCCCCGCGCAGCUCCGCCUCCGCCUUAUAUGACCUCCACCUCUUCUUUCAACGGAUACAACGGUUAUUAUCCUCCUCCGGCGCCCCAGACGCAGCCUGGACCGCCGGCUCCGUCUCCAUACAACCACGCUCCGCCAGGACCCCCGCCGGCGGUUCACGGCCGGAAGAAAGCAGUUAUUGUGGGGAUAUCGUACAGGAACUCGAGGAAUGAGCUUAAAGGAUGUAUUAAUGAUGCCAAGUGUAUGAAGUAUUUGCUAAUCAACCGAUUUAAGUUCCCCGAGUCCUCGAUCCUCAUGCUUACUGAAGAGGAAACUGAUCCCUACAGAAUUCCAACAAAGCACAACAUAAGAAUGGCUAUGUUUUGGCUAGUACAAGGAUGUCAGCCCGGAGAUUCGUUGCUGUUUCAUUACUCUGGCCACGGUUCACAGCAGAGGAACUACACGGGAGAUGAAGUAGAUGGAUUUGAUGAAACACUCUGCCCCGUGGAUUUCGAGACACAGGGAAUGAUUGUCGACAAUGAAAUCAAUGCAACACUGAUUAGACCCCUUCCGUCCGGGGUCAAGCUUCACGCAAUCAUAGAUGCUUGUCACAGCGGGACGAUGCUAGAUUUGCCGUAUCUUUGCAGGAUGGACAGAAGUGGGAGGUACGCCUGGGAGGAUCAUCGCCCUCGAACAGGCACAUGGAAAGGCACGAGCGGGGGAGAGGCCAUAUCCUUCAGCGGUUGUGACGAUGAUCAAACCUCCGCUGAUACAGCUGCUCUAUCUAAAGUUACUUCGACCGGCGCCAUGACCUAUGCUUUUAUCCAAGCAAUCGAAAAGGGACAAGGAAAUACAUAUGGGAGUAUUCUAAAUGCCAUGAGAAAUACCAUUCGCCAGACUGGCGGUGGCAGCGACUUGGGAGGCGGUGUCGUCACUUCUCUCAUCACAAUGCUUUUAACCGGAGGAAGCGCCAGCAUUGGACUCAGACAGGAACCGCAGCUUAGUGCUAAUGAGCCAUUUGACGUGUAUUCGAAGCCGUUUUCGCUGUGAGCCACGGCUGGCUGUUUGCAAGAAGUAUGUAAGAGGACUUAUUUUUGCAUGAUUUUUUCCUUCAUUAUUUGACAGGCUAUUUAAUUUUGUCAUUGCAUUUUAUAUUUCUCGAACUUGACUAAUAAGUUAUAUAUAUCCCAAUGUUGUGACAAAUAUAUAUAUAUAUAUAUAUUUAACAGGCAUGUUUCUCGGAUAAUUAAUAAAACUAUAAAUUUUUAUUUAUUUCGGUUAAAUGUUUUGGUGUAUUGUAAUAAGGCCAUAUUUUGUU